UCAGACGGGUGACCACAGACCACACGUCACAUGAUGCUCAUUGUCGCCAAUGUUCGGGUAUAACGGUAAAUUUUUACGCGGAGGAAACGUGUGAAGAAAGUGUUUUUUAUUUCUUGCAUCGAUCGUUGAAUUUAAGAGAUUUCGAGGUUUGAGGCGGAGGCGUGAAAAAAAUCCUGAGCAGAGUGAGACGUCGUGUGCUUGUCUCGUGCUCUGUGCACGCGCUUUGGCGUGUUUCCGCUCGGCAAAGACUGGACUCUGCAAAAGGAGGGAGAAGAUACUGUGCUGAAGACAGGACAACAACUGUGGAGGCAGGAAUGCGCCUUCCCUCGCUGCCACGCUCAACAUGAGAGAGUGGUGGAUCCAUGUGGGUUUGAUCUGCAUCCCACUGGUGGCCGUCUACCUGCACAUCCCACCCCCACAGCUCUCCCCCACCCUGCAGAAGUGGCACAGCACUGGCCAAGUGUUCAACUUCAGAGGCAACAAGAUCUUCUACAGAGACUCCGAUGGGGCAUUAGGAAGCUCCGAUGUCGUCAUCCUGCUGCACGGCUUCCCCACCUCCAGUUAUGACUGGAACAAGAUCUGGGAGCCACUCACUCAGCGCUUCCAUCGCGUCAUUGCACUGGAUUUCCUGGGCUUUGGCUUCAGUGACAAACCACGUCCACACAGAUACUCCAUCUUUGAGCAGGCCAGUGUGGUGGAGGCUCUUGUGGCUCACUUAGGUCUGAGCAGCCAGAGGGUCAACCUGGUGUCUCACGACUAUGGAGACACUGUGGCCCUGGAGCUGCUCUACAGGAGUGACCAAAAUCGCACAGGUCACCUGACCUUCAACAGCCUAUGUCUUUCUAAUGGAGGAUUAUUCCCUGAAACGCACUAUCCUCGGCUGCUGCAGACACUCCUGAAGGACUUCACUGUUCUGGCUCCAUUUCUGACGCGUCUUACCAACUUUAUGGUUUUCCAAAAAGGGAUUGGAGAAGUGUUUGGUCCGUACACGCAGCCGUCAGAUGCUGACUUCUGGGACAUGUGGACCAGUUUGCGCUACAAUGACGGCAACCUAGUUCUGGACAGUAUUCUGCAGUACAUCAACCAGAGAUUUAAACACAGAGAGCGAUGGGUGGGCGCGCUCACUUCCACCUUCAUCCCAUUGCAUAUGAUCUAUGGACCUCUGGACCCCGUCAACCCUCAUCCACAGUUCAUCCGUCUUUACCAGCAGCUGGUGCAGAGGUCGACCGUGACCGUCCUGGACGAACACAUCAGUCACUACCCUCAGCUGGAAGAUCCCACCGGCUUCCUCAACGCCUAUUUAAACUUUAUUCACUCUUUUUGAGUAGAAAUGCAAAAAAAAAAAAAAACCCUGUUCCAGAAUGACUUUGAACACGAUACUCCUAAUGAUUGUACUCGGAAGAAUUUACCAGCAUCUAUGUCUUUUUUCUGUCAUGGAAGACACGAUGUGAGCUAAAGAAAAACCAACGAUGCAACUGAUUAAUUUACUAAUUAGAUUUGCCACAUUUUGGGUUGCAUGACCCAUUUCAAUUCCCUCCUUAGAACACCAGCUGUUAUCUGAACGAGUGCUAUGAUUUUCUACAUUUCUCUUGUCAAUGAAAUGUCUUCCUUUCUUCAAAAUAAAACCUAGUUUUGUAAAAAAACAAAACAAACUAGUGAUUUAUUUUGACAGUCAAGACUUUAUUGUAGAUUUGACAGAACCAGGAAGAGCAGACGGACAAAUAAAGGAAAAACAGAAGAAACCUUCAACU